AUGAGCUUGAAGCAUCCACGCAAGAACCAUAUUAGCCUGAAGGACGAGUUCCGGUUCCAUAGGUAUCGUCGCUCGCCUGUCGCCAGAGAAUGGAAGAUUGGCCGCAAACGCAUCACUGCCACUGUCGCGUGUUUCAACACCAUGCUUGUAGGACUAAUCACUGGAAUCUAUGCUGGCGAGGUCCCCAAGAUUCAAUACAGGCUAGGAGAUGAGAACCACCAUGUGAUUUUGGGCAAUGUACUCCUUUAUUUCGGAAUGGGAUUCACUACCCUGAUCUUCUGGCCACUCCCACUUCUUCACGGCAGGAGACCUUACACUCUGGCAGCGCUCGCAGUCGCAAUCCCGCUGCAAUUUCCUCAGUCAAUUGCGGUAGCCUUUACCACAGGCCCACACUUGACAAAGGCACUCGUUGGGCUACUCCUUCCCCGUUUCUUCCUAGGCCUUGUUCUUGGUUUCGCACAUAUCAACUUCUUGUCGACCUUACUGGAUCUGUUCGGCGCUUCCCUUCAAUCACGCAAUCCUCAUCAAGAGAUUGUUGUUUACGAUGAUAUUAGACGUCAAGGCGGAGGUAUGGGUAUCUGGUUGGGUCUCUGGUCAUGGUGCUUUGUCGGGUCCCUGUCCCUCGGGUUCCUUAUAGGUGCUUCCAUCAUUCAGCACCUCGCCCCUUCAUGGGGUUUCUACGUUGUCGUCAUGUUGCUCUCUUUCUUCGUUCUGGUCAACGUCAUCGCGCCCGAGACGCGUCGUGCGCCUUAUCGACGAUCGAUUUUGAGAUACACCAACGAAGAAGAGAAACUCAAGAAACGAGUAGCACGAGGCGAGAUCAAACUCCAUCUCGAUCAGGACGGUCCCAAGUACUGGUGGGAUGAAGUUUGGGCUGGUAUGCGACUCAUGGGCUACAUGCUGUGUCAACUCGGAUUUCUUGUGCUCGCCAUCUAUCUAGCAUGGAUCUAUGCCUUGGUCGUACUCAUCACACUGCUCCUGGGCGCACUGCUUUCCCGUAACUACAACUGGCAGCCUCAGUGGAUCGGGCUGGCUGUCUUUGCAGUCGCAGUUGGUGCCGCUCUCGCUGUUCCACUGACCAAAGCCAACGUCUUCUCUCGUGACAGAGUCCAGCCUCUGCGUACCGACAGUGGAACCUUCGAGCCGCGUGUCACCUGGUCGUCACAUUUGCUCAGACGAUGCUUGUUCACGUUUGCCCUGCCUGUUGCUGGUCUCGCAUACGUUCUGGCAUCUCCUGGACCAAGCGUCAAGGCAGCUGGACCUACUGUUCUGGCAGCUAUCAUUGGCUUCCUCGCAUGUCUCGCACUUGCAGAGUGUAUUGGACUGGCAAUGGAAGCUUUCGACACCAGCGAUCUCCAACCUGGAGUCAAUAGCAAACACCGCCUGCAAAGUACGGAGAGUGCUACUCGCAGAAGACGCACAAACUACUCUUCGUAUCCACGAGUAUGCGCGGGUAUCUUUGCCGCUCAAGGGCUGGGAUUCUUCUUUGCAGCUGCAGCGACCGCUGUGAGCGGUAACAUCACCCGAGCUCUAGGAGCACAGGCAGCAACUGGCGUGACGGUCGGUAUCCUGCUUGGACUGACCAUGUUACUGUCAAUCAUCAUGUGGCGCUUCAGAUCUGUUCAAGUCAUUCCAAACGGUGCCUUUGGCUCUCGUGGAGGUGGCAGUCUCGAUGCAAAGGCAGACCAGGAUUGGAAGCCUGUAGUCAUCGGCAACCCAUCUGGAAAGAUGCGACGCAUGAAUCUGCUCGAGUUGGGGUCCUUCAGCAGAUGGACCGAGAUCCGCAAGCUGAACAACUUGGGCAGUGACGGCAGAAAGCGAUACGUGGGGUGA